AUGUCACUUCUAAACCUGCUCCAAGUGCUUUCGAGCCACUGGUUCGGAGUCUGCCUGGCCAUCUUUGUCCUUCGCGCUCUCUAUCGCCGUUAUGCUCCUAGCCUCAGAGGCAUCCCUGCAGUCAACUUCUUAGCAACGGUGAGCCGCUGGAACAAGGUCUUCCAAGUGCUGUCAACUCGUGCUGAGAGGAACUUGUUAGAAGCGCAUAGGAAGCUCGGCCCCAUCGUCCGCAUCGCCUAUAACGAAGUCUCAAUAGCAGACCCAGAAGCUAUCCCCAUCAUCUUUGAUAGUGAACAGAGAUUCGUCAAGGUGAGUUCGCAUCCUUCAAAGACAUUGAGCAGUUGGAAAACCACUAAUCCGAAAAAGACAGACUGGUAUUACAUGUUUGGUUUCCCAACACCAGAGGACGCCAACCUUUUCUCCGUCAUCGAUCCAGUCGAGCACAAGCGCAUGAAGCGCAAUGUCGCGCCAGCAUUCUCCAUGUCCGCCCUCAUGGCCUUGGAAGAGUUUGUCGACUCAACCGUGACGCUCUUCAUCCAGUGCAUGGAUGAGCUCGCCAUAGCCCCUUCAGUACCGCGGUCACAGCGUAAGCGACCCAUCAACAUGGUGGAGUGGUUUCAGUGGUACGCCUUUGACGUGGUAGGCGAGCUGAGCUUCUCGCGCCGCCUCGGCUUUCUUGACACCAAAUCCGACGUGGGAAACAUGACAAAGGUGCUUGACAGCUUCAUCCAGUACGCAUCCACAGUGGCAAUGAUGCCGGAGCUUCACAAAUUCCUCUUUGGAAACCCGCUGGUAGCUGCGUUCCUGAGUCCUCCGGCGCUAGUCAUCUCAGACGUCACCAAGCAGGAGAUGGACAGGCGUGAAGCGGACCCAGAUGCAGUGCACUCCGACAUCAUGGAUAAGAUCAUCCAGUCCCAAGAAAAGAUUGGGCCUGAGGAGUUUCCGCAUGGCGAAAUCUUCCAGCAUGCCGUGGUCAACUUAUCCGGGGGCUCAGACACCACCGGCAUUGCCAUGGACUCCUUCAUCUACCACCUCCUCAAGAACCAGAAGGCCUACGAGAAGCUACAGGCGGAGAUAGACGAGGCCGCGACCAAAGGUAACCUGUCGGAUCCGCCAAGGUACAGCGAGACAAAUCACCAGGCCAUGCCGUACCUAGCGGCAUGCAUUAAAGAAGCCCUUCGCAUCCACCCGCCCGUCACCACCACCCUCCCGCGCCACGUGCCGCGAGGCGGAGCUUACAUCUGCGGCCGAUUCUUCCCAGGUGGCACCCGCGUAAGCGUCUCGCCGUUCGUCGUGGCGAGAGACAAGAACCUCUUUGGGGAAGACUCGGAUGCGUUUCGGCCGGAGCGUUGGCUCGAGUGCUCGCCUGAGAGAGCUUUUGACAUGGAGAAUGGCUGUUUGCAUAGAAUGACUCAAAAUUCCUGCCAACAUGAAUCAAGACUGUACCUCAUCUCUGUGGAACUGCCUGUCAGACUUACCAACGAUCGUAGUCUCCAAUGUCUUCCUCAAAAUAGCUCUCCUUAA